AUGCAUUGCCGUGUAAAAUUAGUUAACAUUAAUUGCAGUUUGGAUGAAACAUGAGCCAUUGAAAAAAGCUGGCGGAGAAAAAAGUACAAUGAUGAACCUAGAAGAAAAUAAUUUAACGGAUUGCGAAACCGAUGAAGAUUAUUUUCCCUAUGAUGGGAGCUCAAAUGAUAAAAGUGGAAGUGACGAAUCGAAUGCAAUCCGGGAAAAAAACUUUUACACCAAAUCAAAGAAACAUACUGGGCAUGCUUUCCGCAUAACGCGGCAGUCUAGCUGCUCCAAAAACGAUAUAAGAAGAAUUGAAAGGAACGAACUGCAAUCAGAGGAGGAGGCUGAUACUUCACGAUCCGAUGUUCUGUGGGACAAUUUCCUUACAAAGGUUGAGUCCGAAGAAAAAAUAAACAAACAAACUGAGCAUGACAAGGAAACCGACUUUAAUGUUAACAGCAAACCUGAGUUGACCAAAAUAGAAGUGAAAAGAACUCUAAACGUUACUGCUAACAAGGAAAAACGAACUAUACCUAUUGUAAGUUCAAGGCUCUCUACAUUGAAAAGUCGGUUAAAUGAGAGUGCUAUAGGUUCUUUUAUGAAUAAUUUUCCAAAAAAAAGAAAAUUAUCUGUGCUGGAAAAGUCUCAACUGGAUUGGAAGAACUUUAAAAUAGAUGAAGGGAUAGACGAACAGCUGCGUGCACAUAACAGAGGCAAGGAAGGAUAUUUGGAGCGCCAAGACUUUUUGCAAAGAACCGAUCUAAGACAGUUUGAAAUUGAGAAGAACUUGCGGCACCCUAGCAGGUCAAAUUGAUUUAAAGUUACAUGUACAUGUGUUCUUAAGCAAAAGUAUCUAUAAAUAUUCGUUAAAUACCAGAAAUCGAGAUUAUGAUAAAAUAUGUAUAAGUUGGAGAUAUAAAGAACCCAUGCCUACAACGUUUUUGUACACUUAAAUUUCAAAAUAGUCUAUAAAUGAAUAACUUCUUAAAAGGUUUGCUAGAGUUUUCUAGAGAAUUGGUCAGAAAAAGCGCAUUGUUUAGAUGUGUUCUUUACUAUAAUUUUACUCUUGGUAUUAAAUUAUAAAAUCUUAAAUUUAUUUAAGUGGUUGAUACAGACAGUGGCUCACAGCUUAUUUGACCCACCUUGUAUAUUCAAAUUUAAGUGAGAAUAACUUUUUAACUAAAGCAGAUAUUAACAAAAUAAAAACGCAGGUUUUUCGGUAGCUAUUUUAGAAAUAA